CAUGUGCACGGAGUUCUCAGUAUUUACAAAGAGAAAUCGCUGCGCCGUGUCUCUGGCCCACUCAGCGUAAAGGGUGCACACGGCCUGGUUUUAGCACAUGGUAUGGCUGGCAAGUAUGUUGACUCCAGCAAAGCCGACGUGUAUGUUUCCACGAAUGGUGGAUAUCUUUGGAAGAAGGCCCUAUCUGGUAUUCACCAGUACACUAUAGGUGACUGGGGCAAGCUGAUUGUAGCUGUUCCACUCACAACCUCUGACAACUUACAGGAUACACUGUACUAUUCUGAGAACUACGGUCAGUGCUGGCACAGUAGCAAGUUCAGCACGGUCAGGUGGUGGUUCACUGGCAUACUGGCUGACCCGGUGACUAAUGGCAUGCAAGUCACACUCUGGGGCUUCACACCACAGGAUGGCGUCUGGCAAACUGUCACCAUGGAGUUUGAAGACGUCGUGGAACGCAAAUGUACCGGUGCUGACUUGGAAACAUACGUUCCUCACCUGGAGAACCGCGACCACGACGAUGAGAAGAUGGAAGGUUGUCUGCUGGGAAAAAAGGAAAGCAUGAAAGUGGUCAAGGCUGAUAGAUGGUGUAGGCGUUCGGCAUCACACGAGGCGGACGUGAUCACAGAACCGUGUUCAUGCUCUAGAGCAGAUUUUGAAUGUGAUUAUGGCUACGUGCUAGUUCCCAGUAACGGCUCGUGUGUAGUGGACAAGGACUUGCCGCACAACAUCAGCCGUGCAAUGGAGUGUGAGAAAGGACAAACACACUACAUGAAAAGCACUGGCUAUCGUCAUCUACCAGCUGAUGAAUGCAAGGGUGGCGAGGCGGAUAAAUACGGAAAUUUGCAGAAGACACCUUGCCAGGGCUAUGCGGAGACCAUUGAGGAGGCUGAGGCAACCCCGUCUCCUCCGAAAAAGAAGAGCUAUGCUGGAACUGUAGUAAUCCUACUGGUGGCGACCAUCGUCUUUCUUGGUGGUGUUUAUGUGUACUUUAAACGGCGAGACGUCUGCGUCCCUGGACGCCACAAAGGCACUGCACGGUAUAGUCGUGUGCGUACUGUACAGUCUUCUAGCAGCAGUAGUAGUGAGGACGACGCACCGCUGCUUGAUGUUUCCGGGCCUAAGUCUCGACGCUCUGCCCCUGCCCAAACCACCACAACCACCGACACCACCACUGUCCCCACUGUCACUGACGCAGUCGAGCCUUCAUCCUCAGCCAUUGCUAGCAGUGACUGAUUGCAUUACAUCACUACUUAGAUUACGGUGUCACGUGAUGACAUCAUCAUGUGUCGUAUGACUAUGUUCCCGUCAUUGUUGAAUUCAAGAUUUUCCCCAUGAAAAUUUACUCAUAAUAAUAUGAACCAUCCCGUUUCUAUACUGCCUGAGACUAAAUAAAUUGAUGAUUGUAGGGCGAUGCAAACGUGUUGUAAGCUAUUCUAUAGCUGUAUUCGCACCCUUAUUUGUUGUUCUUCAGGUUAUUAUAUAAUUAUAAUUAUCUUAUUGAAUUUGAUGUUGCUGCUGUUCUUUGUCGCUGCUGCUGCUCUUGUUGAUGAUGAGGGCACGGCUUCUGCUGUAUCAAAGGCAUGUGUUUCUAGAACAAUUCAUUGCAAUCAUUGGUCGUUUACACGCAAUAUUAAACCUGGCGAAAUAAUUUACAAACACA